AUGAAGUUGCAUAGGCUUGGUAGAACUUCCUUUAGGGCAGUCAAAUCUAAGCGUGAUUAUUUGAGACAUCGUAGUAGUUAUAAUUGGCUCUAUUUGUCCCGGUUAGCUGCACUCAAGGAAUUCGCAUUUAUGAAUGCUUUGGAAGAGCAUGGUUUUCCUGUACCAAAUGCUGUGGACAGUAAUAGACAUUGUGUAGCUAUGUCACUUACCCAAGGUUACCCACUUGUUCAAGUGAAAGAGUUGCAAAAUCCAGAGACAGUAUUUGAAACAAUCAUUGGCCUUGUUGUUCGUCUGGCAGAACAUGGUCUAAUUCAUUGUGACUUCAAUGAGUUUAACAUAAUGAUUGAUGAUGAUGAAAAGGUGACAAUGAUUGAUUUUCCUCAAAUGGUAUCUGUUUCACAUCGUAAUGCACAGAUGUACUUUGAUCGAGAUAUAGAAUGCAUUUACAAGUUUUUUGUCAAGAGGUUCAACUUGUCCUUUGAAGAAUGUUCUGAUGAUAUUCAUAACUCAGAUGUAGACCCAGAUGAAAGUAGCAGACCUUCCUUUUCUUCAACAGCCAAAACUGCUGGUUAUCUUGACAAGGAGCUUGCUGCCAGUGGCUUUACUAGAAAAGAUGAGGAUGAAAUUCAGAAAACAAAUUCAAGUUGUAACGAGGAAGAUCAAGUAGAUGAAAAUCUGCAAAGCACCGAAGCAGGCCAAAGAGGUGACCCUGAAGGUCAAAACUCAAGCAAUGAGGAGGAAGAUGAUGAGCAGAAGGGUGACGAAGAUGACACCGAACUCGUGAAGAGCUUGGCCAAGCAGAGAAGACGUGCAAUGGCAGCAGCACGCAAAGGACACAAGAAUACUGCCUCUAGAAAUUCCUACAAAGACAAAGGGUGUAAGGUGCUGGUAACCAAGGCUGCUGAUAAAGGGAAAAUAACUGCUAAAGAACAUCAGUGUUAUCAGACUAAUGUGUCAAGAAGGAUAGCUUACCCUGAAAUUUCUCACUCACACCUAGAGAAGAGCCUCAUUAUUCAUGAGCAAUUUGAAGAUAAAUUCAAGCGGUUGAAGGAAACAAUUGGAGCUAUGAAAAAUGUUAAUGCCUCCCACAAAGAACUAGAAGCGAGAAAACUCAGAUUGGUCCAUGAUUUGGUCAUCCUAUAA